GCGCUGAACAUCGACCGAUGUGUCAGUGAUGCCCCACCACCAACAACAACACCAGCAACAGCAGCCGAGGAAAACGCAUGCAAAGUGGCGUUGCCAGCAGCAGCAGCAGCAGUGGAGAAAGAAUUGAAAGAAGUUGAAAGAACUUGUACCCACCCAGCUGCCAGAACAGAACGGUGUGGUGUGGUUGUGUUUGAGGGUCUUGCUCCUCUGUUUGCUCCCCGUUUUCGGUGCAAACGCUCACGAAACAAUCUUCGCAAAAGGUACAAAAGAGGGUGUGAAAACCAAGCCUGUCGAGAAAUGAGUAAAAUAAGUGUAAGCAGAAGAAAAUUCGGAGCAAUGUGCAGUGUUUGAAGUGAAGCAAAAAGCUCGCUCGGAAGUCGGGAAAAGUGUUGUUGUAAGUGGAAAGCGACAGCAAAAAAAAAGAAAGAAGGAAAAACACAGUGCCCCCCGCCCCCCCCCUUUGAAUCUCGUUUCCAAGAAAAGUGGCAGAAAAUCUAUGUUGCGAUUCGCAAGCUGUGUGCGUGUGUAGCUGUGUGUGUGUGCGUACGUUCCUGUGCGUGUGUGUGCGUCUCGGGCUCUGUGUGUGCGUUUUUAUCCUUGUGUGUGCGCGCGGGUACGCGUGUCGGAUAACAGGGGGCCAGUUUCCUGGAAAAUCUCGGUCAACGGUGGUGUGUUUUCUUUUUGGCUCAUCGCCGUGUGCGUGUGUGCGUCUGUAAAGGGAUGUGUGUGUGCGUUUGCUGUGUAACAAGAUUUACAGCUGUGUAAAAUCCAGCACACCCAGCAAUCUCAUCAAGUGUGCAAGUUCCCUUCAUACUACCUGUGUGCGUACCUGUGUGCGUGUGAGUGUGUGUGUCGCGAUGUAAAGUGUGUGUGAUCCGUUUCGUUCCAGUUAUAUUUUUUUGUUCUUUUUGUGUCGCUUUGUAAGCGAUAAAAGUGUAUCCUGAGUGUGGUGCCACACAGCGACGAGGGUUUCCUUUUCUUCCUCCCCCCUUCGAACACCCCGUGGGAAAGAAGCAAAAAUAAAAAAUGUGCCAGUGCAGUGAAUAGAAGGAUAUUCGAUUGUGCUGUGGUGUCUUUUUCCUUAUUCCUCCCACCAUCUUCUUCUUCCUCUUCGGCCGUGCCCGCUCGAUGUAUGCAAAAAUGGUGUUCCGCAGCAGUAGUGUGUGCACAUACUGCAAAGAAGCAGUAUAAGUAGACAUCAACAUCCCGUUGCAGAAGCGGCAGCAGCAGCAGCAACAUACACACACGUGUGUCGGCUUGUACGCGGAUAUCGGAAACAGGGCAGGCGACGACCGUACGCUGUCGAGACAGGAUAAUAAGGCAGCCACAGCAAGAGAAAAAGGACACAGAAGGCGGCAAGGCGAUACAGCGAAAUCCGGCGCUGCGGCGAAUAAGGACUUUGGAGGCGAAUGUGAAGGAUUGUGUGAUGUAAAACGAACGUUUUCUCGACGAAUCUGCACACAAAACUUCUCUGAUGGAAGUGUGAAGAAAGGAAAAGAGAACAAGAGAAUUGAAAUGAGGCUGUAAAAAGAAUCGCAUCGAGAAUACAGACACACACUAACACUAUGACCGUUAGUGUACGGCACUGUCAGUCAGCGUUUGUUUUAGAAGCAGCAGCAGUUACAGUAGCGCCGGCAACCCUUUGCACCAGGUCCGCACAACCGGCAGCUGGUCCGGCAGGAUCGGGUCCCCGUUCGGCAGCCUCCGGGGAGCAUGUUGGUUGCGAGCAGCGGUCGCCUGUUCGCGCACUGUGAUGUCGUAGAUAUGGACUGUAACGCUGGCAACAGUAACGGUGGCAACGGCAGCAACAGUAACGGUGCUAACGGCGUCGGUGCUAACCUCUUCACCCGGCAGCACUCGAUAACGGGGAUCGGCGGCGGCGGCAACGGGUACUCGCUGCUGUUGGCAAACGGUGGUGCGCCGGUCGGCUCGUCCGGUAUACCGUCCAGCAGCACCAGCUCGCUGCGGUGCGACAAGGUGAACGGUAACGCGUCGUCGUCGAUCCUGGGCAGCAACAGCAUCAUCGGCGGCGGCAGCAGCAACAAUAUCAGCAGCCUCGGCACGGGCGGGCUGACCACGUUUCAGCCGGCGCUGAUUGGGCCGCCGUCCUCGCUGAAAACGUCCUCGCUGACCUCGUCCGCGAUCUUGUUCGGGGGCAGCAGCGGUAAUUUAAGCAGCAUCGGCGGUAAACCGACGGGCACGGGCGGCGGUACGCACAAGUGGAUCGGUUCGCUGUGUGAUGGUGCUACCUCGAUCGGGUACAGCAGCGGUAGCAGCAGCAAACUGAAUCAGCAACUCCACUUCCAGCAUCCUCAGCAGCAGCAGCAGCAGCAGCAACAGUUGCUUCUACUUCAGCAUCAUCAGAAUAAGCAUCAUCAUCCUCAUCUGUCUCAGCAGCAGCAGCAGCAGGGAUCUCAUCCACAGCACCACCAUCACCACAGCUUGCCGGUGACCACGAGUGGCCCCAGCGGUAGCAACAUGCUGGACAGUCUGACCUUCCGCCUGUGCGAUGUGGAUGGCGCGGUGGCCAGCACCAUGUCCAACCCGAACGCCGGCAACGGGGCAAGCAAUGGAGCUUCCACGAACGGCAGUACGGCGGGGGGAGGCGGAGGAAGCAUACUGAUGGUGGUGCCGCCCCAAUCGGGCAGCGGGAAACAGUCACAUUCCUCCGCAAUCAAUGCCGGUGGUGGCGGUGGCGAGCGGCACUCGUACGCUUCCCAUGACCAUCAGCACCAGCAGAAAAUGGUGGCAGCCCAGCAGCAUCACCAUCAGCAGCAGCACCAGCAACACAGUAGCAAUACAAGCAGUAGUAGUAGCAAUAACAGUGCUGCAAUUGCCGCCGCGAGUGACGUCCCAAUAAACUACAGCAAAAUGACGCGCAUCAGCAAGAUGGGUCUCAGUGCCGAUGCGGUCCAUCAGCACCAGCAGCAGCAGCAGCACCAUCACCACCACCAUCAUCAUGACAGUUCGGCUUCGGUCUCGAUACUGCCCACCUCGUCCGCUGCCGCCGUGCAGCAGCAGCAGCAGCAGGCGCAACAGCAAGCCCUGCACAAGCAGCAGCUGCACCAUCUGCGCAGUACGGUCGGCGGAAGCAGCGGUAAUGUGGCGAAGGGGAAUGAUGCUUCCGCCGCCGCCAGCUACUGCAAGGUGACGCGCAUCGGCAACAUCACGCUGAUGGACCCGGAAGACCAAACGAUGCUGCCGUCGCACCUGCUGGGCAACAGCAGCAACAGCAGCACUACGGGCGGCAGCAGCGGCGGCAGCAGCAGCAACAACACGAUGAAGAAGGACGAGGUGAGCUUGACGAAGGUGGCCAAGUUGGGACACUCGGUUGAUCAAAAGGUGUGUGAUUUGCAGCAACAUUUCAUUCAGCAUCAUCAGCACCAGCUGCAACAGAUGCAGCAGCAGCAGCAGCAGCAACAGGGUGCACAAAAGCAACAUGCUCAGCAGCAGCAGCAGAAAGAGCAGCAGGGCAAUGGUGGGGAGGAGGUGCGAAUAACGGAGAGCUUGGCCCCGUUCGAGGUGCUGCGGCUGUACAUGGACAAGCUGACGCAGUACGAGCAUCACGAGAUCUACAACUAUCCGCGCAUUUACUUCAUCGGUGCGAACGCGAAGAAGCGGCGCGGGGCGGGCAACUCCGACUACGACAACGAGCAGGGCUCGUACAUCCAUAUCGCGCACGACCACAUAGCGUACCGGUACGAGGUGCUGAAGAUCAUCGGCAAGGGCAGCUUCGGGCAGGUGGUGAAGGCGUACGACCAUCGCAACUUCCAGCACGUGGCGCUGAAGAUGAUCCGCAACGAGCAGCGGUUCCACCGGCAGGCGCAGGAGGAGAUCCGCAUCCUGAAGCAUCUGCGGGCGCAGGACCGGUACAACUCGAUGAACAUCAUCCACAUGUACGACAGCUUCGUGUUUCGCAACCACAUGUGCAUCACGUUCGAGCUGCUGUACAUCAACCUGUACGAGCUGAUCAAGAAGAACAAGUUCAAGGGCUUCAGCAUGCAGCUGGUGCGCAAGUUCACCCACUCGCUGCUGAAGUGCCUGGACGCGCUGUACAAGAACAAGAUCAUCCAUUGUGAUAUGAAGCCGGAGAACAUCCUGCUCAAGCAGCAGGGCCGCUCGGGCAUUAAGGUGAUCGAUUUCGGGUCUAGCUGCUUCGAGAACGAGCGCGUCUACACGUACAUCCAGUCGCGGUUCUACCGGGCGCCGGAGGUGAUCCUCGGCGCCAAGUACGACAUGGCGAUCGACAUGUGGUCGCUCGGGUGCAUCGUGGCGGAGCUGUACACCGGGUCGGCGCUGCUGCCGGGCGAGGACGAGUACGACCAGAUGGCGUGCAUUAUCGAGCUGCUCGGCAUGCCGCCGCUCAAGCUGCUGCACAAUGCCCGGUGGCCGUCGCGCUACUUCGCGUACGACGGGGACGAUCAGUUCCCGCACUACUGCUCGCUCAGCUUCCGGGAGGAUGGGCGGGAGGAGAUCCAGGGUAGCUAUAGCAAGCGGGGACGCUACCGCGGUGCGCCCGGCACGCGCGAUCUCGCCAAGGUGCUGAACUACUGUGACGAGCUGUUCCUCGACUUCGUGAAGCACUGUCUGCGGUGGGAUCCGAAGCGCCGCAUGACGCCGCAGGAAGCGCUCAACCACAACUGGUUCCACCGGAUGCUGCCCCAGUCGCCGCAGGUGGUGAAGGUGAGCGAUGGCGGGUCGGAGUCGGCCGCCUCCACGACGGUUAGCAGCGGCACGGUAGCCGGCGGCAGCUCGUCCCACUCGACGGCCAGCUCGAUCAGCAAGCAGCUGAGCUCUUCGAUGGUGAGCGGCGGCGGCGGCACGCUGGAAAGCAAUGCGGGAGGCAGUCUGGCGGCGGCGGCGGCGGCAGCGGCCGCCGGCACCAUUUCCAUGGGCUCCUAGCAGAAGAAAGCGCUCGCAGCGGUGGCAACCUCCUCGUCGUCCGGGGGGAUGUCGGUGUCGUUGAAGAAAGUUUCCUCGGCACUGUCGCUGCCGGCGGGCUGCGGUAUCGGCGGCGGCCUCAGCAAAACAUCGCCCACGGCCGCCUCCUCCUCGCUGCUGUCGUCCGGCAUUUCCAGCUCGAUGAUAACGCUGGCAGGGUCGAUGCACCAGCCGACCUGCCAGCGGCAAGCGACCUCACUGCAGGCCCUGCUCGAGGGGCGAAUACUGGCGACGGGGCGCACGGUCGCCUCCCUAGGGUUGGACUCGUCCUUGGUGAUUCACGGCAGCAAAGCGGCAGCGAAGGGUGACGGGGUAGUGGAACCGGGGCACGGGGAACGGAGAAGGCAUCAUCAGGCGUCCAUGUCCGACCACCAGCCGUCGACGGCUCAGCUGGCCGCCCUAGCCCUGGGCACGGCGGCGGACGGUAGCAGUAGCAGCAAUAAUCAACCACAACCUCCUCCUUCCACAACUCAUCAUCACGGCGGCCCGGCGGCAGGUGGUGAGCAGGGGGGAAGCUAAAACUAGGGCGCCGUUAAGCGCGCGCAGUGCUUUUGUCCCCAGGAAGUCGUCGUCUUUCAUACAGUAACGUAGGAUAAAUAAUCGUGCUUAGCGAAGGAGUUUGUGGCGGAGAAGGUACGCGCGGUCUCAGUUUAAGGUGCAAGCAAGCGAACGGACGGACAGUGUUUGCUGCAAAACGUGUGCAGAGAGCUUUUUCCGGGCGGAGCAAUGUAGAUAGGCAAAUUGGGAAGCGAGCGGUCUAGCUAUUGAUAGUGUGUUUGUGCUUGAGGGCUAUUACGAUAUAUUUUUUAGUUAAUUUUCUCAUCGUCUGAACAGUUCGAUUAGAGCAGACGCGAAUGGACAGAAGGACUACCCAUACUACUGUUGCAUGGGCAAUUCCAUGGUUACUUUGAAUGGGUAAAGUAACGCACCAGACUUUUAUGUAGCUUAUUUUUUAUUGAAUUUGUUCUCAAACAUAGCCAAUGUUGGACACGCGUAAUUCAUAUCUUGUGAUUUCUAAUCCUCAUCCUAAUAUUACAUUUAUCACACUGCCUUUUAUAUUUAGUAAUGGAUUUGUUUUCCAUGGAUCGGUGGUUCGUUUGGUCGAUAUAUACUAAAAGGACUAAAAGCUGGGCGUGGCGAAUAGUGCGCUGCAUUUCAUCAUAUCCCAUCCCCCGUUGGCCCGGGGUUAAAGGAUCAACGGCAUUAGACAUCUGUAAAAGCCCGGGCAUCUUUGUGCGCAAGGGGUAGAGCAUAGUGAAGAGACUGUUUAAAGAUUAACGAACAACUCAAACGCAGGACAUUGAUCAUUGAAGUAGCAACAAGUGCGUGUACCUACAGUAGAUCAAAACAGAACGAUCUGCGUAUAAAAGCAAACCAAUACCAAAAAAAUGAGUAAAAGUUGUGACGAUUUUAAAGAGAUUGAGCUUGGUAGUGUUGGAAAUUCUUGACCAGCGAGGUGAUUUAUUUGGACCCAUACAAACGAACGAAUUGCAAAUUAACCCCGCGCCGGAGAAUGGCGAUUGUCGAAAUAUCAUUAAAAGAAUAGGCUUUUUCCCCCACGCCCCUCCGCCGAUGGGAUGUACACGUUUGUUGUCAAUCAUUAUUGUCUUAAAGGGUUGAGUGAUCGUGUAGAAGAAGGACACUACGCUGCUUGUUAGCAAAAUUAGACUGAAAAAAAUGAAAUGAAAAGGUGGGUGUGACGGGACCCGCCCGUAAUGUUCCCUUUAGUACGCAAAACUAAAGUAUGCUUAUCAUCCUAGCUAGAGCAAUCGUUGUCGUCGUGUGUGUGCGUGUGUAGGAAAUGUAGUUUAUUUUAGUCUAAUUCUCAUUCCUAUCGACACACAGGACAUAACAUAAUUUGUACAAUGGAAUAGACUUUACGAUCAUCAACCCCGUUGCUCUCCCAAACACACACACACACAACUAUAGUAUUACUUAGCUGAUAGCGGAAGACCACACACACACGCAGCAAACUUACUCACGGUCAACCUCAAAAUGCUCAAAUAUUAUCAAAAAUCAAUCACUAUCACCCGUCUGCCCUUCCCACUUGUAUUACACACGAGACACGUGGUAGACGCGCGUAAAAGACGUAAAACAAAACCCGCGUAAAGCGAAACUAACUGCCAAUUAACGUAUAGGAAAGAGCCACUCAAUCGUUUAGAAAAGACACAUUUCGUAGCGAAAAUUGGGUGUGUUACCAAGCGAGAAAGCCGAGAGGGUAGAAAGGAAGAAAACAAAAAGAACACAACCAGACACAUUAAAAAUGACAAAUAAUACCCAAUGUUAUUUUUCGUAUUUUUUUUUUGCUUUGAUUGCAUAGCGCACAGAAGCGAAGUAAAGCAUGAAAUAGUCCAACCGCUAUUGUGGCGCAAUAUAUUGUAUGCGUGUACAGCAAAGUACAGCACGUUUAAAGUAUUUAAUCGCCUUCCCACACACACACAGUCACACACACGCCGGGUGGAUCCGGAUCUGUCUGUGGUUGCCAGCAAUAAGAGAUUUCGUAUUUCAUGUUCACUAGCUUUUUUUUGUUUUGUUUUGUAAUAUGUUUACGCUCUGUGUACUUAUGGUUGAUUGUAUGCAGAUGAAUUAUAAACAGUGUAAAACCCCCCCGUCUAGCUGAAAUGUGUCUCAACAUUAAGUUUAUUCACAAUUUUGGAAGGAAAACAAAAUCCAUACAGAUAUGUGUUUCGUUCAACUACCAAACAAUCAAAUAAUCACCCAAAAUUCGCUUCUCUAAUCGCACUGGUAUGAUAUAAACCGAUGAUAACUGGUAUGAUAGAUAAUGAGGGAAAAAGUAUGGUAUAAAGACAAAAGGAAAAGCACACACACAAAUCGCAAUAUGUCGUUAAGAAGGGACACACACCGCAAGACACAUUGAUCAAAUUAUCAAAUAUUGUAACGGCUUCGCGAGGAAUGGAAUGCGCGAGAAGAAGAAAUAGGUACAUUUGUCGUCUGUAUUUGCUGUGAGUGUUGUGUCCGUUUGUGUGUCCGCUGUGGUGUGAUGGACGAUUUUCUAGCCGCGAAACCGAAACUAAGUAAUCAAAAGGACUGCACAUUGUAAGCUAGAAUGAAUAGAGAAGUAAUAGAACCUAGUAGUAGUAGUAUAGUUUUUUUUGAUGGGAAGAAAGGGUGCGAACCCCUCAAGUAAGGGUUUGCGACGACCUGGCGAGGAAUAGUAAAAUUAGAAGUGACGAAACGGACAAACUAACUAAAGGAGAGCCACUGAAAACACUCUCACGCACUUGCCAGCCGCAAAAGCAAAAGUGCAUUAGAACUGUAGAGAAUGUACAUCUCAACCAACACACAACAACACUACUAUGUAUGAGAUAGUGGAAAGGAGCAUAAGAUAAUUGUAGAGAUCCUAACCGCAUCAAAUGAGAGCAACACGCUAUAAUUGGUAGAUAAGGAUGGACGGAAAACGCUAUAGCUAAUUUAGAUGACGAACGUGUCACGUUGCAAGAAAUAAGGCAUGCUACUAGGCAAUAAGUCAAAACAAAAAACAACAUUGUAAAUAAAGAGUAAAGUAGACUACUUUAGUGCAAAUAUUUCACGGUAACUAUAAAACAAAACAAAAGCAAACAAACAAAACACUAAUAUGUAGCACGAAAGAAAAGGAAAAGGCUCUGGUACGAACAGAACAGUGCUAAACGGAAAAGCAAAAAAGGAUUGACAGUUGGACAUUGGAAAAGAAGAGUAAAGUAAAUAAAAGAUAGCAAACGAGCAAAGAAAGUAAUGAAAAGCCUUAAUGUUUAAACAAAAAGACAAGAUUUAGCGUAAAAAUCAAACACGUGACAUGAAGAAUAAUCUCAACGAAGGGGGAAUAGUGGAAAGGAACGGAAAAGAUGGGACAAGGAGAUGUGUGUUAACAAAAAAGGAGGAGGAUGUGCGUAACUACUAUAACUGCUGCUAUCUCCCCAAUUUACACCUUAGUUUGUUGUAUUUUGGGGUUAGCAAGAGCGGUAAUUCCAUUCUUUUCCACUCUUGUUUCUUCAUCCUGCUGUUUACUCUGAACGCGAAACCAUUUAUCAUAACCGUUUCUAGACAUUGUGAUAAGUCCGUUUUCUACCUUGCGUUAUUUCAAUAACAACCCAAUUACUUACUUCUUUACAGUCAGAUACUUUAUUACACUGCCAUUUAUAGCCUUGUUUUUAAUUUUCACCAGCCGAAAACACGACUUAACAAUGAAGUAGUGAAACUCAAUUGAUUCCAUUCAUCUAACAGGCGAAGAAACAGGCGCUCAUUCUCCUCACACUCCUUCAGCGUGCCCGGAAUGCGAUAAGUUAAUGCACUAAUAUUAUUCAAAACGAACGUAGAAACAGUAUGAUCUUUUUUGCAGCGUGAUCUUUAGAUGUAAUGUACAUAAGUUAAGGUUUAGCAUUUUAGUUACGACAACCUUUCUCUCCUACUGCGUGGUGUGGUGUGCUUCGUGUGACUCAGACUGACUGUACGUGUGUACUCUGCUAAGCGUACGGGAGAAGAUGUUCACUUAUCACUAAGUUAGCAAAUUGUCCUUAAUACACACGACUUUGUGGCAUGCCUGUGUAAAAUACACUUGCUUACUUCACUUUAUUUUUUACUUUUUGCUUUCAAUAUUCGAUUCACUCUAAUUUCUCGGUGUAAGCGUGUUUGUGUUUUGUAAAUGUGUUGCUGCUGAGCUUGUUCUUAUGACUUUUUUUUUAUAUAAAAACCACGACACAUCCGUCGUAUGCGGUGUUCCGGUUUAAGAUUCAAAAUCGUAACUCAUGUGAAAAAGUCCUAUGUCCCUCCGUGGGGUGGACAAAAUAUCGUGGUGCUUGAAUGUAACAAGUGUGUUGUAAACAUCCGUUUAAGAUGUGAUGAACUGUGUCACCAUAGAAGUAGAACCGAUAACAGAAAAAAAAACAACAAAAAACAUACGAAUAAUACUCUGUAAUCAUUUUGUGAGAAGAGCGUGGAAGCGUGAAUAGCAAACAUAAGGUGUACAGCAAAUGAUGAUGUUGAGUUUGACUUUGAUCCACAUAUACCACCACCUGCUGCGAAGAAGAAGAAGAAGAAGAAGCCUAAUAAUCGUCUGAAUUGUGUGUGUAUAGGAGUCGAUUAAAUCGCACAUGCCUUAGUUUCCGUUGCGUUAAAUUGAAACACAAAAAACGAAAAACCACGUGCCGGUCAGCAAAAACGACGCGACACGUGGCGUGGCGGAGUUUGCAAAAAACAAAAAAAAACUCUCCCCUGUUGCUUAAUGCUUUGUUACUGUUACUGAUGAAAUGCACACAAUACACUUGUACUGUUUUUGGCUGAUCUCUACCCUGCUACUAAACUACCCCAUUAGAACAUCAACUUUACCCCUUAUAUUACCACUGUUUGGCAUACCUAAUCAUGUGUUCUCGGUGUGCGUGCGUGUUUGUAAAGCGAAGCGAAAAUGUACUGGCAAGCAAAGGAAAACUUGUGUAGCAACAAAAAAAAAAACAACAAAUCGAUAUAUCCUAAAUUAAUCAACCAAAAACAAAGAAGACGAGCCUCUCACGCAUGAGAAGGAGAAGUAGAAAAAUUAACAAAAAUGAAAUGCACACACCAAGAAGCAACGGUAAUAAUUCAUUGAAGAGGAGAGUAGGAGGGAGUAAAUUAUGCAUUUAGCCCCCCCACCUGCCGCGCGAGAAAAGAAGCAUCAUUGUGUGUGUGGGGUAGGAAAACAUGUUUUCAAUGUUACAAAUUUAGCAAAAAAAACCCAAUCAAUACGCACAGAUAAAGUAUAGCAAUCAAACUAUGUUUAGGGAAAGUUAUUACAAACAAAUAAAGUAAAAUCGAUUGCAAA